CCGGCAGCCCGGGGCCCGUGGCAGGAGCGCCGCGCGCCGCCAGCCGCGGGGGGCGGGGGAUGGGGGAGGCGGGGGCGGGGGGCGCCCGCGCGGAUUAGCGCCAGCCGCGCGCCUCACGAGGGUGUCGGGCUGUGCUGCCCCGCCGCGCCCAGGGAACUUCAAAGCGGCCCGCGCCGCCCCGGCCGCCCCGCUCCGCUCGGCUCCGGGGCCUCGCAGCCCGGGCGCGGCGCCUGGUUGGCCAUGACCCGAGCGCUCCGCGCCGCGCUCCGCCGGGCGCUCCUGCUGCUCGCCGCGGCCGCCUCGCUCUCGGCAGGUUUGAAGUGUGUUUGUCUUUUGUGUGACUCUUCAAACUUUACCUGCCAAACAGAAGGAGCAUGUUGGGCUUCUGUUAUGUUAACCAACGGAAAGGAACAGGUGAUCAAGUCCUGUGUCUCUCUCCCAGAAUUAAAUGCACAAGUCUUCUGUCAUAGUUCCAACAAUGUUACUAAAACGGAAUGCUGCUUCACAGAUUUUUGCAACAACAUAACACUGCACCUUCCAACAGCAUCACCAGAUGCCCCAAAACUCAGACCCAUGGAGCUGACCAUUAUUAUCACUGUGCCAGUUUGCCUCCUGUCCAUAGCUUCAGUGCUGACAGUAUGGGCAUGCCAAGGUCGACAGUGCACCUACAGAAAGAAAAAGAGACCGAAUGUGGAAGAGCCCCUCUCUGAGUGCAAUCUGGUUAAUGCUGGGAAAACUCUAAAAGAUCUGAUUUACGACGUGACCGCCUCUGGAUCUGGCUCUGGUCUGCCUCUAUUGGUGCAAAGAACAAUUGCAAGGACAAUUGUACUUCAGGAAAUAGUAGGAAAAGGUAGAUUUGGUGAGGUCUGGCAUGGAAGAUGGUGUGGGGAAGAUGUGGCUGUGAAAAUAUUCUCCUCCAGAGAUGAAAGAUCUUGGUUUCGAGAGGCAGAAAUUUAUCAGACUGUUAUGCUGAGACAUGAAAACAUCCUUGGUUUCAUUGCUGCUGACAACAAAGAUAAUGGGACUUGGACUCAACUUUGGCUUGUCUCUGAGUAUCAUGAACAGGGCUCCUUAUAUGACUAUUUGAAUAGAAACAUAGUGACAGUGGCUGGAAUGAUCAAACUGGCGCUUUCAAUAGCUAGUGGUCUGGCCCACCUUCAUAUGGAGAUUGUUGGUACACAAGGUAAACCUGCUAUUGCUCAUCGAGAUAUAAAAUCAAAGAAUAUCUUAGUGAAAAAAUGUGAAACUUGUGCCAUAGCAGACUUAGGGCUGGCUGUGAAGCAUGAUUCAAUACGGAACACUAUUGACAUACCUCAGAAUCCUAAAGUCGGAACCAAAAGGUACAUGGCCCCUGAAAUGCUUGACGAUACAAUGAAUGUGACUAUCUUCGAGUCCUUCAAACGAGCUGACAUCUAUUCUGUUGGUCUGGUUUACUGGGAAAUAGCCCGGAGGUGUUCAGUUGGAGGAAUUGUUGAGGAGUACCAGUUGCCUUAUUAUGACAUGGUGCCUUCAGAUCCCUCAAUAGAGGAAAUGAGGAAGGUUGUUUGUGACCAGAAGUUCCGACCAAGUAUCCCAAACCAGUGGCAAAGCUGUGAAGCACUCCGAGUCAUGGGGAGAAUAAUGCGCGAAUGUUGGUAUGCCAAUGGGGCGGCCCGCCUGACUGCCCUUCGGAUUAAGAAGACUAUUUCUCAACUUUGCAUCAAAGAGGACUGCAAAGCCUGA